GCUUUGCGUCAUUCGUUGUAGGAUGUGUUGAUUGAACUUGAUUGGGCGUUGUAAAAGUAAAAAAAAUAUUAAGAAUGUAUUUUCAGUAUCUCAUAAAUAUUGCCUAUUAUUGUUCGUAACUGCAAAUAAAUUUAACUGCUACGCAUCUUUUUGAAAAACUGAAGAUGCUAUAAAUAAUCGCAUUAAUUGAGGAAUUUAAAUUUCAUAAAUUGAUUUCAUAGAGAGUUCUCAAAAUAUUAGUAAUGCCGGAGCAAAGCAAUGAUUAUCGUGUUGUUGUAUUUGGUGCUGGAGGUGUAGGAAAAAGCUCUUUAGUGUUACGAUUUGUUAAAGGCACAUUCAGAGAAUCUUACAUUCCCACCAUUGAAGACACUUACAGACAAGUAAUAAGCAGCAACAAAACAAUUUGUACUCUCCAAAUAACUGAUACAACGGGAUCUCAUCAGUUCCCUGCAAUGCAAAGGUUAUCAAUAAGUAAGGGACAUGCAUUCAUUCUUGUGUAUUCAGUCAGCAGUCGACAAUCAUUGGAAGAAUUAAAGCCCAUAUGGCAGACAAUAAAAGAAAUUAAAGGAACAGAAUUACCAAACAUUCCUGUGAUGCUCGCUGGAAAUAAGUGUGAUGAGAGUCCAGAGAUUCGAGAGGUUUCUGCAGCUGAAGGACAAGCACAAGCCCAAACAUGGGGAGUUUCAUUUAUGGAAACUUCUGCAAAAACUAAUCACAAUGUCACUCAACUUUUCCAGGAGCUUCUAAAUAUGGAAAAGAACAGAAAUGUAUCCUUACAAGUUGACGGAAAAGGUAAAAAGAAAAAGGAAAAGGUGGUUAAAGAUGGAGGUGAAGCAUCUGCUAGUGGAAGAGAAAAAUGCCUUGUCAUGUAAUGGACACAAUUUUUUUUUAUAUUGUUGAUUUUUGUCAUCAAGUAAUAAGCAACAUUGCAUGAAGUGUGACAAUAUUAACACAAUAUUUUUAAUAAAAUAGAUUAGAGUGAACUGUAAAAGUAUUCAUAACAAAGCUUAUUUAAAUGACUUUCACUAUUCAGACUGUUGAAAAAAUCAAUUGUGUCUUUUUAGAAUGGUGAAUGAAAUGCAAUAUUGAUAUAUGAUUUACUUAGUUUUGCAUACAAAUGUAUACAAAUAUAUCUAUUAUUAUUUAUUAUUAGUUCCUUUUCAACAAGUUCACAAUGUAAUUAUUUUAAUUUGAUAAUAUUAAUUGUUUGCACGUAAUGUUGUUUAUUACUGAACAUACCUGAAUAAAAUCAUGCUGAAUUAUUCUAGUCAUAAUAUUCAAUAUGUAAAAGGAUUAAACAAAUUUAUUACUGCAUUUAAUUAA